UUAAAUGUCCUUUAGCGGCCCACGAUAUUACGCUUGUGUCUAGACUGGUUCUAUUAAAAGCUACGAGCUGACCAAAUCAACUUCCUCACAGACGAAGCUUUUCAAUGACAUAAGCGAUGAAAUAAAACUUCUUUUACCAAACAAAUUACGUGGCCAGACAUUGGAUUAAUACAUCAAUCCGGCAGACUUUGGAAAAACAUGAUUAGUGUUCGUUUUUUUUACUUUCGAUUGUCGGUAAAUGAUGAAAAUCACAGCUUGUAUUCUACAGAUUCUAUUACAAAUCGGUACUUGUGCGAUGGUCAAACAUUACAAUACCUCAACAGGAAGGUCAGUUUUGUGUGAAUCCGUCAAAUGCCAAGGAGCACUUGAAUUUUGCCAAGUGAACUACACCAGAGAUAUUUGUAAUCCUUGUCCACUAGGCUCGUAUAUGGUAGAUACGAUUGACUCAAGAUAUUUUGAAAAUGACCGAUCUGUUUUCAAAUGUGUUGACAGUAUGCAUUGGUCUUGUCCACCAGAGGCAGAGAUGGUUUAUGGGAAAAUAACAGAUACCCAUCAGCCACCAUGUGAAUGUGACAGGUCAAGAGGAUAUUAUGGGUCAAACUUUUAUAAUUGUGAAUUAGUAGAGGAACCAUGUGGAAAAGGAUUAGAAUUAUCUAUUCGUGGAAACUGUGUGCCUUGUCCAUAUGGUACUUUCAAAAGAACUAAAAGCUUUGAGCUUUGUAUCAAGAAAACAAACUGUACAUCGUUCAACAGAUACACAAUAAGCCACGGAAGUACUUAUUCAGAUGCAAUUUGUGGGCCUUUAAUGCACAUUACAGCUUCAACUGAAAAGGGUCAUAAACAUUAUUCAAACAAUGACUUUGAAAAGUCUACAAUUGAUGUGCAUUCAAUCCCUUACCAGUCCAAAACUAGUGAUGAAAUAUCAAAUAUUUUUACAAAAAGAAAUAUUUUUCUUAUUAUUAUCAUUAUUCCUGCUGUGAUAUUAGUUAUUGUUGGACCCAUAGCGAUAGGAUUUUGUAUCAAGAACAAAUAUUCUGUCCACAUUAAAUGUUGCAUGGAAAUCAAUAGAAAGAGUGACAGAUCUAGUAGAAAAACAUACGAGAUUCCUCUCAAAGACCAGGAGAAAGGAAGUGUAGGAAGUGGAUGCACUGUAGACCCUCAACCACUCAAUGCAGAUAUUCAAAUGGACAGUGGACAUGAUGGUCAAGAGGAAAGUGACAUUACUAGAAUAACUGUUCAUGUUCACAGUAAAAAUGAUACUCAGCUAUUUAGUGAAGAUAACAGAAAUUCAGAGAAUUUACUGUAAAAAAUCGUGACAAUGAAAAUGUUAUUUAAGGAGUGAAUAUAAGGAUUCGUAUGAUUUCAAUAAGAUUAAAAUAUAGAUCAAGUGUUCAUACUUUCUUACAAGGAUCUGACAACACUCCGUUUUACUUUCUGUUUGAUAGUUAUUACAUCAGCCAAUGACAUUUUAGCUUUUAAAUUUUUAAAGGUGCGGUUUAAUCCGAAUAAACCAGAGGAUCCUAAAAUGUUUUAAAAAACAGAAAAUAGAAUGGAGAGUUGUAAGCUUGGCUUGGACACAUGAUCUGUAUUACUGUAAAUUCAGAAAUUAUUGCGAUGUUUUUAUUUUUGCGAAUAAUGCGACUGGGUAAACAUCGCAAUAAUAAGAACUCGCAUUCUGAUAUUUGACAGAUAUAUCUGCAUGCAGCUUUUCCACAAAUCGCAAUAAUCAAUCUCGCAAUUUGUUAAUUCUGCAUAAAUCGCAAAAAUAAAUGCACGCAAUAAUUUCUAAAUUUAUAGUAAUCAAAUUGAGUAUGAUUUAUAACGGCAAAUUAUUUUAUGUCUUUAAGGUUGGAAGUCAGCUGAACGUUGUGAAAUUACAAAUGCAAUAGGUGAUAUUUGUUAUGCUUUGUUUGUAAAUCAUAUGAAAACAUUUGGGAUUGCUCCCACUAAGCAUGCAUAAAAUAUUAAUGCAAUGACUAUAAACCAAUUGUAUAUUUGUGUUUUAUUGAUGUUUGAAUUCGAGUAGAAGGUGCCAGGAAUAACAACUCAUUACCUCUUUUUAUUGUGCCUGUUACAUCGACAACUUCAGAAGUGGUUGUUAAUUUAUCUAUAUUUGUCUAGUAUAUUGUAAUACAUUGCUAUCAUUAAAAAUUAGAAAUAAAAUAUAAGCUGGU